AGAAAGGCAGGAGCUGGAAGGUAAGACAAUUGAAGCGAGGGAAGGCACGUUCCCAGUCAAAUAAACAUGAGGGAAUGAGGGAAACCAACGACUGAUGGCGAAUUGGAACUUUCUGGCCCUCGCAUAGCUCCACGUUUUUGGCAGGAGAUGAACUUCUCGCGAGCUUCUCACGGUCAACUCCAAGUUUGGUACAACCCUGCUUGCAGCAUCCUGCAACUUGGUACGUACGUAAGAGGGGUCACGCCGGAUCUAAGCUCGGCCUCCCGGUUCACGAGCUGGGUAGACCCAGUUGGCUUGACCGAACUUGAUCAUUAUCGUUCCUUCUCUAACCGGGGAUGGACGCAUUCGAAGGAGAGAAGCAAAGCUCGCCGGGUUCAACCUACUACUCGAGCUUCAUUCCAGUUGAAGGGCGCACACAAAGAGGUUUCAGCCGUCCCGGACACGCAUGAGGGAGGCAUCCAUUUCUUGCUGCGUGUCUCUUGCACAACUCGUGCUCUCACCGACGCAGAUGCUCAUGAUGCCCUGCUGUAUCGCCUCCAUAUUCCAGAAAAAUUUGGUGGUUGAAGCUUCAUAUCCCGCCAAUUUCCCCGGAAUAGCCCCGAUUCUAGCGCCGCGAUUCGUCAGUUCCCCGGAUUUACGGUGACGUCAGGGAGGCUUGGUGCGGAGUUCGCGGGUGCAUUGCAGGGGCAAUGCGGGGCCAUUUUCAACUUUCCCACCCGGGUAUUUUUGCGAAGCAAAAGUUGGGAUGAACUCGGCAUUCC